AUGGCUUUUCUCAAGCUGUCUCUAGUGUUCUGCUCUAUUCUUACUUUUCUGAGCUUGAACUGUGGUCCAUCUCAUGUAUUUGCCAAGGUUUAUAUGGUGGUGAUGGAGGAUGACCCAGUCAUUUCUUACAAAGUGAACCGCAAGCAUGUAGUGAGAGGCGAGGAAGCUCAGAAGUACAAACGGGUGGCCACAACAAAGCAUGACAGCUUCCUGGACUCAUUUCUCCCAGUGGGAUCUUACAAGAAACUAUACAGUUACACUCACUUGAUUAAUGGAUUUGCUCUCCAUGCUGAAUCUGAGAAGUUAGUUAGAAUUCUUAGUGGUGCAAAAGGAGUUAGACUUAUCCAAGAAGACAUCAAAAUGGCCAAGAUGAUCACACAUACACCAAGUUACAUUGGAGCUAGUGCAGUCUGGCCGCUCCUGGGUGGUGCUGAGAAUUCCGGUGAUGGGGUGGUGAUUGGCAUGAUUGAUACCGGGAUUGACCCUAAGAACCCAAGCUUUGCUAUCAGUAACACGUCAAGCCAAGCGAAACCACCACCGGCUAGUUUCAAAGGAAUAUGUCGUACUGGGAAUAGAUUUCCUCCAGAUUCAUGCAGUGGUAAGAUAGUGGGAGCUAGGUGGUUUGCACGUGCUGCCCAAGCCACUGGGGAGUUCAAUGCUACAAUUCACUAUGAAUCUCCUUAUGAUCCAGAUGGUCAUGGCAGCCACACCGCAUCGAUUGCAGCUGGGAAUUUCCAUACGCCACUAGUAUCCAGAGGCUACAACUUUGGGUAUGCAAGCGGCAUGGCCCCUGGAGCUCGUCUUGCAAUCUACAAAGCUGCCUAUCCUUUCGGUGGAUACAUGUCAGAUGUGAUUGCUGCAGUCGACCAGGCAGUAGAGGAUGGGGUUAAUGUUAUAAGUCUUUCUAUGGCUCCUUCUUCAGUUUCACCUGGGCCAGCAUCUUUCCUCAAUUUGCUUGAGGCACAACUGCUCCUUGCCACAAAGGCUGGAGUGUCAGUUGUUCAGGCCGUUGGCAAUGCAGGACCCGAUGCAAACACAGUCGUCUCUUUCAGCCCAUGGAUAUUAAGUGUUGCUGCUUCAACGACAGACCGUAAGUAUAGAAAAUCAAUCAUAAUUGGCAAUGGGAAAGUAUUUUCUUGCGGCGCCCUUUCAGCUCCAACACCAGGUGAAACAAUGUACCCACUAGCAUGGGCUGAUGAUGUGGUCAAUGAGAAUUCAUCUGAUGGGUCUGUCAAUUGCCAAGAUCCAAAGAUCUUCAUCAGACCUCUUGUCCAGGGAAAGGUGAUUAUUUGCAUGUUCGACUCAUCAAGCUACUAUGAAGACGACCUCGACCUUGCUGGUGUCAUCGCUACGAUUGAGAGAAUUGGAGCUGCUGGAGUCAUCGUCACUGAUCGUUCUUCGGGUGACGUCGACAUUGAUUAUGAGCCUACAUUUCCCACAACAGUCCCUUCCGCCAUAGUUCUGAGGGGUUCCGACACGCGAGCUCUAUUUAGGUACUAUAACAACAACACGGUUCGAGAUGAACAUGGAAACGUGGUCAGCUUCGGAGCGACUGUACGGAUUACGGAGGGGCGGCGUGCAAGCUAUUCGGGAGAAGCACCAGUGGUGGCCGACUACUCCUCGAGGGGACCGGACGUGGAGAACGCACAGAUGCAGCCGGCAGAGGUGCUGAAACCGAACGUGAUGGCGCCAGGGAAUCUUAUAUGGGGAGCAUGGAGCCCGACGAGCAACGCGCUGCCAGAGAUCCAGGGCGAGAAGUACGCGCUGCUGUCCGGCACAAGCAUGGCCGCCCCGCACGUCGCCGGUGUGGUGGCCCUGAUCAAGCAGAGGCACCCGAGGUGGAGCCCCGCCAUGGUCAUGUCGGCGAUCAUGUCGACCGCGGACGUGACCGACCGCUCGGGCCGGCCGCUGACGGCGAGGGGCGACGACGGCUCCGUGGACCCCGCGACGCCGUUCGACAUGGGCGCGGGCGCCGUGAACGCGGCGCGCGCGCUGGACCCCGGCCUGGUGUUCGACGCCGGGUACAGCGACUACCUCCGGUUCCUGUGCGCGGUGCCCGGCGUGGACAACGCCGCUGUGCUGCGCGCGGUGGGCGCGCCGUGCCCUCCCCCACCGUCGCCGCCUGCGGGGGCGGGGGCGGGGGCGGCGCGGUGGUGCUCGGACCUGAACGCGGCGAGCGUGACGGUGGCGAGCCUGCUGGGGUCGCGGCGCGUGGACCGGCGCGUGACGAGCGUGGGCGCGCAGAACGAGACGUACAUGGCGUACGUGCGCGCGCCCGGCGGCGUGGCGGUGCGGGUGUCGCCGUCGCAGUUCGCCAUCGCGCCCGGCGCGGCGCGGACGCUGCGGAUCGUGUUCAACACCACCGCGCCGGGGAACGCGUUCAGCUUCGGGGAGGUGGUGCUCAAGGGCGACAAGAAGCACCGCGUCCGGAUCCCCCUCGCCGUCUACCCUGCCGCGGCACUGAGCCCAUGA